GCGAGCCAACGCGCGCACCACGACGCUAAUUGUUGCAACAACAACAACAACAACAACAACAACAACAACAAUAACAACAACAACAACAUCGUCAACAAUAACAACAACAAACAACAAACAUCAAACAAUAAUCAACAUCAACAACAUUACAUUUUGCAACAACUGCAACUACGAGCCAGCAAGGAUCAACUGCUGCAACUGUUAUCUCAAUUAUAUUAGACAUACGCGCGUGUAAAAACGACGAGAAGAACUGGAAAGCCCCGGAUUCUCUCGAUAACAAUAAACAAAAGGGAAGGAAAAUAUUUCGCUCGUGCGUGUGUCUGUGUAUAAGUGCGUGCGCGUGUGUGCGAUUGCAGUCGUCGGCUUUGUAUGUAUCAAGCAACGACUACUCUUUGCGACGUCCAUCAUCGUCAUCGUCAUCCCCUCCAGAUGAGGCACUGCACUUGAAAAAUAGUGCUUGCUCCGAUUAUGCGACAUAGCACCGCUUUGCGUUCUUGUACAUAUACAUCUGAUGAUCAUAGGCGGUGGCUACGAGUUUCUUAGAUGACGACUGCGAGAUAGACCAGUGAACAAAUAAAUAAAUAAAAGAAGAAAAAGAGGAAGAAGUAAUUUUUUGCAGCAGAUUUAGUCGUGCAUGUGUAUAGAUCGCGGCCAAUCGUCACGUGCAACGCGAGUGGUGUAACAACAUUGAGUUGAGUGCGCGCAUCCCCUUUUGGCGUCUAUAGAAGCCGAAAGCUCGAUCGAAAGAGACGAUCGAACGACAAAUAUAUAUUGUUAUUGUACUGUGAUGGUGUGAGAGCUGUUCUGCAUUAUUAACAAGUGGUGCCCAGUUUUCAAGUUUUUCGUUUUGUUUUUUCUCAUUGAAUUUUACGUGAGCCACUGCAGCUACAUUGUGUGAGACCUGUGAUAAAAACGGAGACAGUGUGUUUUUUGUUCGUCAGUUUACAUGUAAAUAUUUUGUUAAAUAUACACGAAAAUUUAUCGUAUAUUCAGUGCAGUUCAAUUGAGGUUUGCCUGUAGCGAUCAGCCAAGCCACAGACGACCUUCGGAGUUACAUUUGCGCGGCACUCUCUCUCUCUUCUCUCUCCUCUCCUUCUGUCUCUCUAUCUCUUUUCUCUCUCAGUGCUGUGAGAAAUUUUCAGUUGCAAUUUAUUUCUGUUUUUCACGGUUUUUUGUGCGAGUGGCCUCGCGCGCUUUUUCAAGAAAUUUUUGUUUUGUGCGAGCCGAGCUGCUGCUGCACACGACCGAAGAUUCCUAUGCACGAGAAAUAAUAAAAAAGGAACGAAUCACCGAAGCUGUGCCCGACGCUGAAAAUAACGGUGAAAAAUGUACAAGUUCAUCGAAGCGAGACGAAAUCUUUGGCACAAACUUCACUAGAAGACACCGUGUAAAGUAAUCACGAAACAUCCGAGCUAGUGAGUCCCAAAGACACGUUCAGUUUGCCUUAGACGUCGCUUACAGUCCGAGCUGUUGACGGACCACAGAGCAACUCUCGGAGAUCCUUGAGGUGCAGGCGAAGGAACAAGAGGAAAGUACUCUUGUCGCUACAAAUAAGGCUGCGUAAGGGGGAGUCCUUGACUGCACCCAAAGCCAGCCAGGACACAUCAUCAUCUUAAGAUGUGAUUUCAAAAAUGGCGGAUUGUCCCUAUGCCCGCUGCAUACAGGAACGUAAACAUAUUCGUCGGGAGCUGCUGCGAUGGACAAAGAAUAUGGUCUUCGUAGUAGUUGUAUUACCAUUACAGGUCUGGAGCGGGUCGCCGAGGAGUUGAUGGGCCGUAGGAAAUGGAAGCAAUACUCGGACAAUAUCUACACCAGCGACACCAACAAUACAAGCUCCACGCCGGCGUCCGACGCGGCCCAGCAGCAGCUACAGCUCCUACAAUUACAGCAGCUGGCACAGGUGCAGCAACAAGCAAAGCCAGCCGAUUCGCCGAGUCAAACGCUGAAAGCAAAUUUGGCCAAUCAGUUGCAGACAACUACUAUUCAGCAAAAGUCAACGGUAAGCGCGCUAACGGGAGGCGAGACAUCGCCUCUCUGCGCGGACGAAGUCGCGACGACGGGUGGCCCAGAGAACGGACGCUUGGCCGAGGUUGCCCGGGAAAACGGUGAAACGACAGGAGGCGGCGGUGGCAGCGGUACUGGCGACUCUCGACACAACAACGAGACGACCGGCCAGCACCUCGAUCAUCUUCUCUCCAACGAGCUUCGCGCCUCCGACGACGAGGAUCAAAUAAGGAUCAAGCGCGAGAGGCUCGACGACGAACAGAAAACGAUACCUAGCCCGUUGGACAAGGAUCCCAACGACUCGGAAGGGACCAAGAUAAAGGAAGAAGCCAACUCAGAAACGACGCUCAAAGUAACGCACGGUCUACUGAGGGUGAAGAAAGAGGAGGAGCUUCAAGAGACACCGGGCCCAGGUGGCGGCGCAGUCGGCAUCGUUUGUCCGGCAAGGCCGACCUCGACGCCUCUCCACAACAAUAAUAACAGCAGCAACAGCAAUAACAACAAUAACAACAACAACAACGGUCCCUCGGAACAGCUGCAGGAGCAACGUAGCGCCUCGACUCCGCCGAAAAAGGAAUUGGUGACUUUUAACGCGGCGGCGUAUGUGCUAGGCAGAAGGCCAAGUCCGCCACCAGAGGACUGGAAGCCGCUCGACAAGUGUUACUUCUGUCUCGAUGGCAAGUUGCCGAACGAAGAGCAGCCACCUCUUAGUCCACGCAGCGAAAGUAGUCAAAGUUCGCGUUCGGCCGAGUCACCGAUGUCUGUACAAGUGGAUCCGAUGGCGGCGUCGGUGGUGGCUGCCGCUCUCAGCGGUACCUACCCGACUCUGCUGCCCCAGUGGGUCUUGCGACACCAAGAUGCGGCACAGAUCGCCGCCGCAGCGGCGGCCGCAGCUGCGGCUGGUCACACCGAGAACUCGGGUGCCGAUCAGCCACUCGAUCUCUCCGCAAAGCCAAAAAUUUCGGACAACAAUAUAUCUAUACUGGAUCAGCAAAAAAUACCUCUACGAAUGGCCGCAGCUAUCGAUCCAAAAGCUAUCUUUAACAGCACGUGCUACAGAGCGAAGCCAAGGGCGCAGGGCGGCGGUGCAGCGGGAGGCGGCAACGCGGUGCCCGUAGCGACAGGUGGUGGAGGUGGUCGGCGCACUUAUACCGAGGACGAGCUGCAGGCGGCGCUGCGCGACAUCCAGAGCGGCAAGCUCGGCACGAGGCGGGCCGCCGUCCUCUACGGCAUCCCCAGGAGCACCCUGAGGAACAAGGUCUACAAGCUAGCGAUGGAGCGCGAGAGGGACGCCACCCUCAACAAUGCCACAAGCAACAACAACAACACAGCCACCACCCAGAACAAUUCGAGCACGAACAACAACAGCACGACUCCGACGUCACAGAACAACAACAAUAACAACGAGGUGACGGCGGCGGUGGUGCUCGCUUCUAAUAGCAAUAACGGGCUCAAGCACAACAGCUGUGCCGACGUCAUCGCCGCCGUCGCCACUGGCACUACCACCACCAACAACUCCACUAUCACCACACCAAAUACCAAACGACAAAAUGCCACAACCGCGAACGCGCAACUGGACGAGGUGGACGAUAAAGAGCUGUCCGGAGCAGAGGAAGAAAAAGAAGUGGAAAAGGCACUGUUGAAACCUCUGCUGUCACUCGAAGACCUCGUGCGCUUUUCGCAUCUCGAAGGUGGCAGUGGCGAGUCACUCAGGGCCCUGCUACAGCGUGGUCAGACGGAGACUGGGCCUGGUGGAGCUGCCAACGAGUGGUCAAGUUUCGAGCACGCUGGUAUCGGACCCUAUUUGCAAAAAAUGCUCGCAGCUGCUGCGCCGUUUAAAGGAAUGGAUCCAGAAAUUAUGCGUCGUCUAAUGAACGAGGAUCAGAAGAAGAUGAACGUCAACGGGGAACAGGUACAGCAUCUUCAUCACGCCUCGUUACAGCAUCGUCUCACGGCUGGACAAAGAGGCCCGAUGACGAACGACGACUUCAAUCCAACGAUCGAAGACGAGGCGAGCGACAGCGGUCAGGGUCGACCCAUACUCAAAAUUCCGUCCUACAAGCCGGCGAGUUCAGCCGGCUCGAGCAAGAACAACGUCGAGUCGGUGGCGGCCGCGGCGUUCGCCCAACAGUUCGCGGCGGCCGCAGCAGCCGCAGCCGCGGCCAACGCGGUCGGGACAGCCAGUCCAGGACUGCUCGAGCGAGCCAGCCCCGCGUUCUCGGGCACGAGCUCGCCCACGAAUUCGCUCAUCGGCAAAGGCAUGGCCGUAAACUUUCGCGAUGUCAUUGCCAAAAGCAUAAGCAGCAAGUUCCAGGAGGGCCAGUCAGCGAGUUCCGGGCCCGCUGGCGCCGCUCAGUCGAUGAUCUCCGAGUCGAACCCCUACAAGCGGGGUCGGUUCACGCCACCGCACGGCCAGCCACAGGGCCAGCAGUCGAAGCAGUCGGCCGCGGCUCAGCAGGCCGCCCAGGACAAACAGAACAAAAAUGCCUCGGGGGGCAAGGGCACGAGACCGAAGCGCGGCAAGUACCGCAACUACGACCGAGACAGCCUCGUCGAGGCGGUCAGGGCCGUGCAAAGAGGCGAGAUGAGCGUGCACAGGGCUGGUAGCUACUACGGCGUUCCACAUUCCACGCUCGAAUACAAAGUCAAGGAGCGGCAUCUCAUGAGACCGAGGAAAAGGGAUCAAAAGCAGCCGGACGAUAAAACGAAAGAUGCACCGAUGUCGUCGAGUGCGACGCUGCGUACGACGCCAUCCGUGUCGCCGGAGAAAAAACCAAUGAUAAAGCCACCACAAAGCAAGCCAUUCGCGCCAGCCAGUGGCGCGAACGCUGCUAGCGGCGUGCCAGGACCGAACGGCAUGAAGAUGCCAUCCUUCAUCGACGGCAUGCCGCCGUUGCCGUUCGGCCAUCCCUUCAACUUCUGGAGCCCGACGCCUUUCAUGCCAGGCCCGACGGCUUUCAUGUCGGGCAGCGGCAGCAACGUACCUGCUUUGAUUCCGGAGCAGUACUUUGCGUCGCAGCGCAUGCGAGGCUUGCAGGAGCAGCAACGUAACAGCGGCAUGAGCCAGCAGCAACGGGACGCAGCGGGCGCCACGGGGGCCUCGAGCGAUCAAGAAGCCGCCGCGUCGAAUGCGCGAACCAGCUCGCUGAUCAAGUCGCCGCGCGAAAUGGCAGAGAGUCUGUACGAAGGAGGAUCGGCGGUGAACGGCAGCUUCCUGGACAACCUCAUCAGGUCGAGUCUGGAAUCGGGCAUGCCGCGCGAUAGGUCGCUGGCUGAGAUGCGAGGCGGUAAUUCGCAGCAACAGCAGUCCGAGAACCUGAGCACGUCGUCGACGGGCAGCAAGGUUCUCAUCGACCAGCUCUGCUGGAACUCGAGGCCGAAUCUGGUCAGGCCGAUGCAGACCGACAGCUGCAGCGAGGACGAAGGUGGCAAACCCUCGAGGCCGGAACGCGUGCCUACCGUCGAUUUGAGCUCGUCGCCGCGACAUUGUACGGACGAGGGUAGCGAUCGGGGGCUAGCCUCGCCGCCUACGCCUGUAUCUCUGUCGAGGCUCAGCAGCUCGGCCAGGGAUGAUGAAAAUUCCAGGGGUAGCCGGGAACGCGAGGUACAGAACGGAGGUGGCAGCGAAAAAGAGGACGAGCGCCCACAUCGGGCCUCGAAUGACAACAGUAAUAGCGACAUCAGCAACUGCAACAGUAGCGGCGGUGGGGGCAGCAAGAAGCUGAACCACUUUUCGGACAUUACGACAGCUGACAACAAGCUCAUCUUCAAGAAUGCCGUGUCAAGCGACAACAAAAAAAGUGCCUGUGAUAGUAAGCUUAUAGUAGAUCAUUCGAGCCAGCAAAAGACUCAUCAGCAUCAAGCCAAAAAGGAUUUGGUGUUGGGAAGUAGCAACGGGCGUCCGGCCAACGCUCUCAACAGCGGCAGUAGUCCAGGUGACGAAGAGAUCGACGACGAGGAAGAGGAUGACGAUGGCGUUAGGUCGCCCUUACCUUUGCUGCAUCAUCAUAACAGUCAAGAACAAGUCUUGGUGGAUGCUUCGCCGAAGCCGCCUGUAGUCGUGGCCAUGGAGGAGGCAGCCGUCGAGUAAUGGUCGAUUACUGCAUUUGGUUCAGCAGCAGCAAUGCCAUCAUCGUCAUCGGCGUUAUCGUCAUUGUCAGCGCAUAAACGAGAUAAGCGACAUAAAACAAACGAUGAGAUGAUACGAUUACAUUAAUUAUAUAGCAAAAAAGUUAUGAGCGCUCAUAAUAUUAAGUAUACUAAUGUUAUACGCUUAAUUCAUUAAAAUUGUAGACAAAGACAAAAGCAUUUUGCCACGGGCCGCGGGGUGCUGAUGCAAUUUAUAGGAAAAAGAAAAGUUUAUUAUUAAAUCAAAUCGAGAUUAUGAAGACGCGCAGUUUGAAGUUCACACUCAUACCCAUACACGCAUACACAGCCAUGAUCACACGCUGACGUACGUUGUAAAAUUGACGACGAGUAUUCUUCUCGAUACGGAUCGUUUACAUUUGAGCUCGUUGUAGAAUAACGCGUAUAAUACGUGCGCUAGUUCAUAGUCAUACAGUAAAAAAGAUCUCGCGUUCACGGGAAAACGAUUUUUCUUGAUUGCGACCAAUACACUCAUACUCAAACACAUACUAUUAUUAUAAAAAAAAUUAAAGAUAUACGCGCGCUAAUCCGUAUACGUUGAAAAAAUGUCCUAUAUCAUAUACUCUGUCUUAUCUACAUUGUCGCGCGUAAUAUCGCUGUCUCGUUACAACCCAUUUUUUUAAUCGUUUUUGGCUCAACCCAGUACUACUUGUAAAGUAUAUAAAAAAUAUAUAUUUCGAUGCGAUAGGUCAUUGCAUAUGAUACAUAUAAAUAUAUAGGUACGAGUGCCUAACACGGAGAAAUAAAGUGUGUAUAAAAAUUACGAAAAUUAUAGUCUGUAUUUAUAUCAGUAAUUGACUAUACUACAAAAAAAAAAGAAAAAAU